UAAUCAAGAUGGCGGAUGAUCACCAGUGAGAGUCAGCGAUAAAGAAGGAAUGGCCGACAAUCUUGAAGCAAAUAUAAUGGAUAACGAAAAUGGCUUACCGAGAAUUGAUAGAGCAAGAAGUAGAUAUCCGUUCUGUGUUGUUUGGACGCCAAUUCCUCUGCUAACAUGGAUGUUUCCUUUUAUUGGUCAUAUGGGAAUUUGCAUGUCAUCUGGUGUAAUAAGAGAUUUUGCCGGACCAUAUUACGUGUCUGAAGACUGUAUGGCUUUCGGCAGACCAACAAGGUAUUGGAGACUAAAUCCCUCCAAGGUCACAAGUGCUACUAACAGCUGGGAUACCUCWGUUUCCACUGCKUCUGAUGAAUAUAAACACAGAAUGCAUAAUUUGUGCUGUGACAACUGUCACUCACAUGUUGCCAUGGCGCUGAAUACAAUGGGAUAUGAUGGAUCCUCAUCGUGGAAUAUGUUCAAACUGGCUUUGUACAUGCUCAUUUUUGGAAAAUUUGUCAGUUUUGGUGGAGCUCUCAAGACUUGGCUUCCAUUUAUUAUUAUUUUAACUACCAUCAUCCUGUUGGUCGUUCUCUUGUAAUAUUGCUGGGUUUCAYUUGCAGUAUUUCCUAUCUUGUGAAAGUUUUCAAAAGCAUUCUUUCUGGCUGACAGCACAUGGUGGAUUAUUCUUGACCACCAUUUAGAGCAUUUAGAGCACAUAAUGCAACUUAUAUGAAACAAACCAGGGAAGUGCAUGUAGAGUGUGUAUCUAAGAACACUGUAUCUACAGGAUAUACAGAAACAUUGUCUAGUACAGCAGUAUCAGUAAAAUAUUCCUUAAUUAAAUUUCAAAAAUAAAUUUCAUAUAGUAUCUAAGAGCAGUAUUUCAUAUCAGUAUCCCAGCUUCCCUUCCCAGAAAGUUCAUUAAAUGAACAACAAAGUUUGUAGGGAGGGAAGCUUGCAUACCAAUAUGAAAGACAUCUGCUGAGAAGGCUAGAGUUUGUAGGUUCUAAAAGGCAUGCUCUUCUUUAGAAUUUUAAUUUAUGAUAGAACCAUUACAUUUUCUUUUUAUACUUUGAAUUUAUUGUUAGAACAUAUAUAAUGAACAAUAGUAAUAGUGUAAACAUGUUUACACUAAUAGCGCUUGGUCCUAGGCAAAUUAGUUGUCAAUGAAUUUCAGCAUGGGCCAUACUUUAAAAUUAGCUGUGUGUACAUUUAGUGCCCAGAAAGAAUUGUACUCUUUUCCCAUGCUCAGGAACCAAGUGUGAAUAUGCUCUACAAUCUCAAUAACAACAUAACCUAUUCUUUUUUUGUAAAAUAUAUACUCUGUAAAUCUCUUAUAGCAUACUAUCACAUAGUUUUGACUAGUUGCUUUCUAUCUCAUAGAAUAAAAUAAUUUUGCAUGGCAGAUCAAAA